CAGAGCUCUCAAUUCCGACGUAUAAUGGCGCCAAUCGACCGUUGCUUGGCCUCAAUGGCCAGGCUAUCCCUCCUCCAGACUUCCCGGCCGGCAAUCCCCUCGAUACCCAAGUUUCUCGCCCCGGCAGCGGCCCAACAAGUUCGACAGGCUUCGGUGGUUCGAAUCAGGAAGACAGCGAAGAAGAAGAAGCCACUCCCCAAGGACUUUAAGAGACAUAACCUGAACAAGAGGGAAUUUCCCCAAUACUCGUUAUGUGAGGCUAUGAGAAUCCUCCGAGCCGUCGAGGUUGGCGAACCCCCCGCUUCGAUCAAGUACGAACUGCACAUCAACCUCAAGACCGCCCGUAACGGCCCUGUCAUAAAGAACAGCGUCCGUCUACCCCACCCCGUCCAAAGCGACUGGCAAAUCGCCGUCGUCUGUCCCGAAGGAAGCGAGAUCGCCCGUGAUGCCACCGCUGCAGGUGCCGUAGCCGUUGGUCAAGAGACCCUCUUCGAAGCCAUCCGACAAGAAAAGAUCAACUUCGACCGACUUAUCUGCCACGAAGCCAGCGAGGCUGCCCUCAACAAGGCCGGUCUGGGAAAGAUCCUCGGUCCCAAGGGUCUUAUGCCUAGCAAGCGUAUGCGAACUAUUGUUCCCGAUGUCGUCAAGUCGAUGCGAGACUCCGCCGGUGCUGCGGAUUACCGUGAGAGACAGGGUGUUAUCCGUCUGGCCAUUGGACAAUUGGGAUACUCGCCAGACCAGCUCAAGAACAACAUCAAGGUGCUACUGGCCAAGAUCAAGGCAGAGUGUACCGAGAUUUCAGAGGAGGUGCACAAGGAAGUCCACGAGGUUAUUCUCAGCACAACACAUGGACCAGGUAUCAGUUUGAACGGAAACCUGAAGGACGCUGAGGAGAAGAUUACCCCCGAGGCUUUGUCGAGCAUCAUGUAAAAAGUAUUGAGGGCUUGUAUAAUUGUAUCAUAUGUCAUAUUAACGAAUAGAGCUUGUGGGCGGUCGUGGGUAUCAUUAGUAUUGUAUUUGCAGUGAAAUCUUUAACCACCUCGGAGAGCCUUGACGGCCUCUGAUUGUGCAUCCAGCACUCUAUAUAUUGCCAAGCACUUGAGGACUCUAUCCUGGCCUUUAACGCCAGCCUUUUUGGCUUCUUUCAGCGCAUUGCCCAAAUCCAGCAGCAAUGUGUUUCUGCAACGUGUCAAACGUUCCUCCAUUUUGAUCACAUAUGGUGUGUCGGGGUCCAUGGACUCGAGAAGCUUUGUGAUUCGGCUGCAUUCUUGAGCCGAAGUGAGCAACUUCGCAGUUGAGCUCCCGUAGUUGUCGUCCUCCCCUUCAUCCUCACUAUCCUCAUCCCAGUCUUCGUCAGCUGGCAGACUGUCCAAAGAGAGGCGUUCUUCUAAAGAUGCAAGCCGCUCAGAUAGCUCUAUCAUCUUUCGACCCUUUUCGAUAGCAGAUCGCACACCACGUAGUUCCCCGUUGAGAGUAUUAGUCUCUUCCCUCCGCUCCGUCACUUUGGUUUUGACUUCUUCAACAGCUCUGCGAAAGCCUAGCAGAGAGACUUUGGCAUUUUCGACCUUGUCGUCGCCGCCGCGCAGCUCACUGCCCAGCGAAAGAAAAGCUGUGUAAUUUGAAUUGACGAGCUCGAGAAGUUCAGAGCUAAUAGCAGCACUUCGGUCACGCAGGUCCGAUCUUAAAUCCUCGAGUGUUUGGUGGCGGUGCGGUAAAGCGGAUAGGUAAGCGGCAGGUUGAAAGUCUUCAGCGAGAAAGUCGGCGCGAGGAAGAGCUUCAGGGAAAGGGAGAGGAGCGUCGUCGCCAACAGAGGAUGAAGAGUCGGAGCUAGAGAGCGUGAACUGUUUAGAUACGCCAAGGCCCGCCAUGGAUGAUGCGAGUGAAUCUGGCGCGGCAGCCAUCGUUAAUUGUGGCGG